GGGAUGCAAUGUGAAAGGGGAGCUAGGGCUCGGUGACACCGUGGCAAGGUUGUUGCCAGAGAUGGUGGAGGGCAAACUGGCGGAAGAGACUGUGGAGGCUGUGAGCGCAGGCUUUGAGCAUGUGGUCGCGUUGACAAAACAAGGCGUGCUUUACGUUUGGGGCUCCAAUGACAGAGGGCAACUGGGAACUGGAGAGGACGCAGCUUACCAUAUGGUUCCCACACAGAUUGGAGGGUCAGUUUUCGGGAUUAAGUUUGCGCACAUCGCAGCAGGCCUCAAACAUUGCAUCGUGGCCUCCAAGAGUGGGGAAGUGUAUGCUUGGGGGGCUAAUGACUUUGGACAGCUUGGCCUUGGCGAUGUGGAAGAUCGGAAGAACCCAGCGGCCAUUCUGAGCAAGUUCACAAGAUCACGGAUAUCCAGGGUCGCAGCGGGAGCUCAUCACUCCAUGGCGGUAACUGAUAACGGUGACAUUUUCACGUGGGGCAGUAACGAAUGUGGACAGCUAGGAUAUGAACUGCGCAGCGUGCUGGGACCCAGAUUUGUGAAGUUCCCCAGAAAAUUGGAAACAAUCCGUGGAUCACGGGCUUAUGCUGGUUUCUCCAUGUCAGCAGCGAUUAUUACAUCAGGCAAGGCAUUUAUAUGGGGCUGCAACGGCCAUGGCCAGCUUGGAAUAGGGGACGAUUUGCAGAGAACACUCCCUCACGUUCUUCCAGCACCAGGGGGAGUACAGUUUGCGACAUUGGCAUUGGGCGCAAACCACGUUCUUGGAGUGAACAAGAAUGGAGAACUUUAUGGCUGGGGGAACAAUGACAGAGGGCAGAUGGGUCUUGCCUACACCACCCCGAUGGAACUCAAGCCUGUUCUCAUAUCCUCUCUGCUUUCUUCAGAUGUGGAAGUUGUCGUCACUGGAGGAUAUGCAUAUGAGAUGCAGGGACACACAUUGGCACUGACAGCCACCGGGAAGCUCUUUACUUGGGGAUGGAAUGCCUUUGGCCAGUCUGGUCUUGGAAAUCUUGAUCUGGGGUCUGCAACACCUAACAGGUUGCUGGAGUUCGAUCCCCCGAUUCAAGUGCUGUCCAUGGCAACAGGGCAGUAUAACAGUAUCAUAUCCACAAUCCGGAAAGGUGUACCAAGCAUACAUUCGUGGGGUCCGAAUUAUGAUGGACAACUGGGUCAGUAUCCGUAACCUGAUCCGUGAGAAAGAAGAUGGAAAAGGGAGGCUGGACACAAAAGGGCAUGCCCUCAAUUUCAGUAAUGGCAUCUUCAUCUAUACAAUUGGAGGCUGCUGCACGUGUAAAAAAAAAGUAAAUAAGACAAUAAAUGUCAUGUCCACAA